UUCAAUGCUUUGUUUUCUUGCUUUUCUCUCUAAUGGUUUGUGAGGCACAGAUGGACAAGCAGCUGAUGCACGAGGCAGUUCCCUGCAUAGUGCACUGUGAAAGUGAGAACCCGAAGGCAUCUUGAAAUAGAAAUUCAAAAGAGGAGGAGGACGGGGAGGAGGAGAGAAAGGAGGGGGUUUUGAGUGAGAGCAUUGGUAUGCCAGGCUCAAUACCUAGCAUGGCUGUGCAGAAGAAACAGAGUGUCAUCCCUCCAUCGCAGGGACCACUUUCUACACGUACGGUCGAGAGCCAAAGGAAGGGGAAUGCAUUUGAAAGGACCGGAGAGAAUGGAUCUUAUGACAAACCAAAUUCACAGACCAAGAAAGCAGCCUGUUCUGUCAACAAGUCUGCCCAAAUCUCCAACACAGCUUCUCCACGAGCCACUGCAGUGGCUAAUGGACUAAAUGUUGAUGAGAGGCUGAAAGCGGCACGAGAAAGAAGAGAAGAGCACCAGAAGUUACUUGCCUCUCGGGAGCUGAGCAGGUUGGAGCGGGAGCAGCGGGCCAGGCUUUACUAUGAACAACAGCUGCAGGAGCGCAAGAAGAAACUCCUGGAGCAGAGGCUCAAAGAGGAGAGGAGGCGUGCUGCUGUGGAGGAGAAGCGCAAGCAGAGACUCAAGGAGGAGAAAGAGCGAUAUGAAUCUGCAGUACGCAGGACUCUGGAGAAGAGCCAAAGGGCCCAACAGAAUCUCAGUCAAAGCUCAAGAGGAAGGAAGCUCACCAAAAAUGUUCCACGUCGCUUACCACUGACAACAUGGGAGAAGAACUUGGUCAGUCGCCUCCUUACCCCCACUUGCUCUUAUCUGGCCAGGAGCAAGAGUGCUGGUUGUCAGUCAGGAAAAGAAGUUUCAUUCCACUCCAUGAAUACCACCACCAACACCACCACCACCACCACCCCCCCUCACAAACCCCAUCACCACUCUGGCCCAGUCCACCAGAGGCCAUCUGCCUCCCCCAGUCCCAGAAACAGAAGCAUCAAUCUGGCACAGAUCAAAGCAGCAAGACAGCAAGAUGCUAAUAAGAAGAACUCAAACAGUGGCUCCAACAUUGAAUCAACUGCCAUCAAAACCACUGCUAAACCAGCCACAGCUACACAAAGCAGAACAGCCUCCCCCUCACCCGAACGGACUCCCCGAAGAUCAAUCAGCAGACAUUCAACCCCGCUGCAGCUGGAGCUCCCAUCGGUCCCUGAGGAAGAUGUUGCUGUUUGUAGUUCCGCCAUUGCUCCUGGUAACUCAAGGCCUGUCAGGACAUCAGCUGAAGGUCAGCAAGAGAAAAUGAGGGAUGGAAAUGCACCUGAGACUCCUUGUUUGAACCUGCUCAAUACAGAAACAGAAACUACAGCCAGAACAGCAGGAGAUGGAAGUUCUUCCCAGAUGCCUCCUCAUCCAGCUCCACAGCCUCGUGAAGUUGUGAGCAGACCCUCAGCUGGGACUACAGACCCAGAGGAGGCCUCGCGUCUCCUGGCUGAAAAGAGGAGAGAGGCCCGACUACAACGGGAGAGAGAGGAGCAGGAGCGCCUGCAGAAAGAGGAGGCAGAAAGGCAAAGUCGUGAAGAACUGGAGCGCAGAAGGGCAGAGGAGCGAGCACGACAGCAGGCAGAGGCUCAGCGUCUGAUAGAGGAGAAGAGGAGAAGGGAGGAAGAGGAGCAGAGACGAGCCGAGGAAGAGAGAGCUCAGGCCAUGAGGGAAGCCGCCCUUCUGCAGAAACAGCGGGAGGAGGAGCAAGCCAAAGAGAGGGCAAAAGCAGAGCAGAUGAAACAAGAGCGAGAGAUCCUCGCACAGAAAGAAGAGGCAGAGCGCCAAGCAAGAAAAAAGCGACUUGAGGAGAUCAUGCGGAGAACCAGAAGGACAGAUUCUCCAGAUACGAAGUCUGGACCAGUGAGGAUCUUGCCAAAUGAAGCCCAACCAAAGGAAAACACAGAACCUGUGCAGAAUGGCACUAUAAAAGAUGCCAUGAAGCUGCAAGUGGGGACUAAGUCCUCACAGCUGGGGCUGAAUAAUGAGGAGGACAUGGUACCUGUUGUGGCCUUCAAAGAACGCAGGUCUCUCAGAACGCUCACCGGCCUGGAGGAAAUCCAGACCCACCAGCGCGCAGAGGUCAUCUGAGCACCUGCAAAGUGGGCAGAAGUUCAGAUACUUUGUUGGAGAGCUGCGAUUUCUGUGUGAAUGACGGGAAUUCCUGCAGUCCAGCCUGUUUGCUGCCAUUCAGCACCUUGAAAGAGCAUGUAAAAUUACAGCCUUGCCUCACUGAGGUCGUCAGCAUUUGGUCACUUUUCUGUGUGUAACCAGUGGCACAAAUAUUGGGCAAGUAAGAUUUUAAUUUCUUCAGUACAGCAGGUUUCUGAACUAAUAAUGACUAUCAAAAAAACAAAAAAAAAACAGUAGAUGUAGACAGUGGUAAAGGCCGCUUGCUGGCAAAUGCAGUUAAUCAGUUAUUGAGAGUGUUGCCUAUAUGAAAUACUAGGAAUAGCCAUUCCAACAAUCACAACAUAUGUUAGCCAUAUGCUUUUUUCCUAAUUCCUGAUAUUUCUUGCUCUCUAAGCACUUUCCCUUCCUCAGUUUUGUCACUGUGGAAUUAGAAUAGCUCUGUUUGCGCUAAGCACACGAGUUUAGGG